AUGGAAAAUAAUUCCUUAGAUUUCAAAGCAAAAAACCCUUCCUUUCCAAAAACUGCAAACAAUUGGGCUAUUAAAGAAAUGGCACGUGGAAUUAUCAAUAAUAGACGAGAAUAUCAUAGUUCAGCAAAAAAGAAAAGACGAGAAAAUCGGCAGUUUGAACGUACUCAACAAAAAGCAUCCAAUAAAGUUUUUGCUAAAGACUUGCCUGAAAAUAAAAGGCCAGAAAAAGAAUCAAAUAAAGAAAAUGACGACGAAAUAUUAACACAAUCUGAAUAUGCUCAACAAAAAAUGUCCAGCAAUAAGUUGUGGUUGUUGUGGACUUGUGGUCGUGUAACUGAAUUAUAA